GUAGACGCCACCGCGACGCGGUUCUCCACGUUCGGACCUAGUCCGUAGUCGUACACGGCACACACGCAGUAACCGGCGUCCGCGUUCGAGGUGUUCGCUCAGUGCUGUGACUGGUGCCGUGCUAUGCGUUCGCCGACGGUCAUCGUUUCGGGUGGUGCACGGGAUCGUCAUCUGUGCUGCAGUGACGGCGUUUGACCGCUGUGAAGUCGACAGUGUUUCACCGAGCGGAGUGGUAGGCGCGCGCGCCCGCGCACACGCACGCUGCAACUAUUAUUAUAUUUUGUAUUUUUGCGCGUUACGCGCGCGUUUUUCUCUCACGUAUUAUAAUAAUAAAAAUAAUAUAGUACUCGUCAUAUUCGAACGAAAUAAUAACAAAAACAACGACGACGGCGGCGUAUGAUUUUAGUCAAUAGCGCGGCGGUAACAUCAAUAAUAAUAUUGUAAUACCUGCAACAGAGCUUUUAACAAUCAUAUAGCGCACCCCGGGCGACAUCAUGGCUGAGACGGUGAUAGUGUCGGACGACGCGACGGCGACCAGUACGUCAGCGCUCGUCGACCAGAUAUUUGUGGCCAAGACGUUCGCCAUGCUCGUCCUGGGCCUGGGCUCGUUCGUGCUGGGCGUCGUGCCCCUGAAACUGACCAAGUGGUGGAGAAAAGACCCAGCGGCGGCCACGCCAUCACACCAAAUCGGUGGCCACUCGCAUGGGGGUGACUCGGCCACCGGCUCGCCCGCCGUGUCGCUGCUGCUGUGCUUCGGCGGCGGCGUGCUGCUGUUCACCACGCUGCUGCACCUGCAGCCCGAAGUCCGGGAGGGCGUCGGCCGGUUGCAGAAAUCCGGACAGCUGCCGAACGGACAGGGCACCGAGCAUCUGGGGGACCUGAUAUUCUGUGCCGGGUUUUUCAUGGUAUUCAUCGUGGAUGAAAUCGUCCACUCUGUGUUGGACCGGUGCGCGGCCGGUCACGUGGACCGCAGCUCCGCCGAGGAGGUGCUGCACCGGUCAAUGAGCCUGAGGCGGCGGACCAUGUCCAUACCGAGGGCUUCGCUGGCCGGCAGUGGUGGCUCGCCCAGCUCCGUUCCGUCGGUGGCGGGCGGCAUGUCGGUGGCCAGCAAUAAGGAGCUGUUGCAGAACGAUAUGCCGUACAAGCCACACGACAAGCGGUACCGAUCAGCGGCCCGGGAGUCUGGGGCAAUGGCACCGCCAUCCACCCGGUUCGCGCACCACCAGCAACGAAUCGGCGACGAUGACACGGAGAAACAAAUGAAGUUGGAAAACGGUGGCGGGCCCGGGGACGUCGAUGGUGGCCACUCGUUCCGUGGCCUGUUUGCCGUGCUGGCGCUGUCGUUUCACGAGGUGUUCGAAGGCCUGGCCAUAGGGCUGGAGGAGCGCGUCGACAACGUGUGGUACCUGUUCAUCGCCGUCGCCACGCACAAGUUAGUCAUAGCCUUCUGCAUCGGCCUAGAACUGGCCUGGUCCAAGACCCGGCGGCCUGUGCUCGUCAUGUAUGUGGCUACAUUCGCAGUGGUCACACCCGUGGGCAUCGUGAUCGGCAUGGUGCUAGUGCAGUGCGGAACUGGCGGUACCGUGGACGGGUCUCCUGGACGCGUGGCCGUUAUCCUGCAGGGACUGGCGGCCGGCACGCUGCUGUACGUUGUGUUCUUCGAGGUGCUCGCCAGGCACAAACAGUCGGGAUUCUUGCACCUGUUGUCCAUAAUGUUCGGAUUCAGUAUUCUGCUUGUGUUGCAAAUGAUGACUCAUCAACACAGUCACGCCCCAGUUGACAACAAUCAACAUUCGGAUCACGAUCAUUCAUCACACGGACACGAACACGAACAUGAACACGAACACGUACACGAUCAUUAGAAUUUCCCAAUUCUUUGAGUUACCAAGUAUUUUAUUAAGCCCAUCGUGAUCUAAGUUUGAUGUAGAUUGUAUUUCGUUAUUAAGUUAAGCUAUCAACUAUUUUGUAUUGUUUAUUUAUAUUUGUACAACACAUAUAUUAUAUAUUAUAUAUAUUAUAUAUAUAGAAUAUGCCUAAUGUUAUGAAUGUGAAACACUCAUUUUAUGAAAGCUUUCAAGUUUUGAAUUUGUUUACUAUGCAUUUUAAAGGACAUUCGACUUUAGUUGCAAACUUAUAUUAUGUUAUAAGUUAUAACACUUUUUCGAAAAAAAUGUAUUUUAUAUUAUUUUCAUACUAAUUUUUUUUUAUUAAUCAUAUGCAUCAUCGUUU